AUGCGAUCAGAUGCAACACGACGGAACAAGAUGCGAGGGAAAGAGAUAAAAGGAAAAGCAAUAGAAAAGAAAGAGAGGUACCGAGACGUGCAGAAAGCAACGCAGAUGCAUCCCAGGACAACGAUGAGAAGAAGGACGGGUGGGACGAUCGACAUCGACCAGACCCAAGCCUGCGAUCAUCCGCCGUCGACUCACAUCGUUUCCGAGGUUGCGUCUACGCUUCUAAGGUUGGAUCUGCGUUGGCCUCGAUGGUAG